AGAAACCAAAGCAAAGCAGCAAUGACGCAGAAGAUCGUGAUCCAGGUGCAGAUGUCGAGCGACAGGUGCCGGCCGAGGGCGAUGGCGCUGGCGGCGGCGACGCGAGGGGUGGACUCGGUGGCGCUGGCCGGAGACGCCAAGGACCAGUUGGUGGUCGUCGGCGACGGCGUCGACCCCGUCAAGCUCACCAGCGCGCUGCGGAGGAAGGUCGGCCCCGCGCAGCUGGUGCAGGUCGGCGACGUCAAGAAGGAGGAGGAGAAGAAGCCGGCUGCGGCCGCGGCCGAGGUGGUCGAGUACCAGUCCCACCCGGGGUACUACUACCCGUACCACUACCAAUGGCAACCGGAGCCGGUCAGCGUCGCCUACCCUAUUUCUGCCGGCGACGGGUACGGGUACGCGUGCGCGCGCCCGGACACCUGCUCGAUAAUGUAGAUUAGUACUCCAUUGUACACUCAUACCGAUUUUUCCAAGUCGUACAAGAGCUCAAGCUCUCAAGCCGGCCGUGACUGCAAGAGCAAAGCUUGAGUAGAUCCCCUCCCAUCUUUUUUCUCUCUGGGUUGAAUAGCAAUCUGUAGCA